GUGUGAAGUUAGAAUUUUCCCUUUCCGGUGUUUUCCCUUUCCGAAGUAAGAACAAACACGACACGGGGUAACAAAAAGUCAUCAAUCCAUUAUUCCUUCUCUCCUUCCAUCCUCGAAACUUCGAAACCAGCUCUCAUAUAUACUAACUACAUUCUGUGGAACUGAUCUAUAGCACUAACUCUGUUGAUCCACUUUUAUCUCUCUUGUCUUCCCCUUUCCACUCUCUCUCGAAGAGUUUCGGCUUUCAGAUCAGUAUCAACUGUUCCUCUUUAGAUCCCAACCAAGGUGUUUGAUUAGAGGCUUUAUGGACAUGAAUAGUGGGACUAGUGAAUCACUAGACCCAACCUAUUAUGCUGAUGGCGCAAUAAACUACGAGUCGGGUGAUUUUGAAUGCAAUAUCUGCUUUGACUUGGCUCAUGACCCAAUAGUGACACUCUGUGGCCACCUUUACUGUUGGCCAUGUCUCAACCAAUGGCUUCAAGUUCAUUCGCGCUCUCACGAAUGCCCCGUCUGCAAGGCCAUCAUUAAGGAUGAAAGAUUGGUUCCCAUAUAUGGAAGAGGCAAAGCGUCUUCUGACCCUCGGACGCGUUUGGUUCCUCAAAUCCAAAACUAUUCCAGACAAGAGAAUGAGAUAGACUCUGUCGCGAAUUUCAUGCAAAUGCCAAAUGAGAGGCUUGGGAGCUUAACACUGUCUUCUCUUUUUGGGGCCAUUCCUUCCCUUUUAAACCUUCGUGUGAAUGGAUUUCAUGAUGCGACUGUCUAUGGGGCAACAACAGGAGUUCCUUACCUUUUUUCAAGUUCCUUUCACGGAGGCUAUUCUCAUGGGUUUUAUUAUCAUGGAGCACCUCUGGACGGGACAAAGUUUUUCUUGAAAAUAUUCCUAUACUUUGCUGGUUUUCUGGUAAUUUUCUGUUUGUUUUUAUAGGUUAUCAUUCUUCAAGUUUAGAAUGUGGAAUCAAAUAAUUAUGUAGUUGUAUAUAUAAGCAAGCGUAAGUUUUGUUGUAUAACUAUGUAAUUGAAGGGUGUCAUACUUUCAUUUAUUGUUAGCUGCUCGUUU